CGGUAUAGACGUCAGUUCCGGUGGGGGAGCGUGGGGGGCAACAUGGCGCCCGGCGGAAAAAUCAACCGACCCCGAACCGAACUACAGAGAAAUCAUUUGAAGAGGAGAAGAGUUGCCAGGAAGGGGAAGGGGAAGAAGCGCAUUGUAGGUGCGGUGAUUGACGAAGGUCUAAUCACCAUCCAUCACCUGAAGAAGCGAAGCUCCAACCAGAGAGCAAAUAUCACACUGUCUGGGAAGAAGAAGAGGAAGUUGCAGAAACAGCUGCAGCACAGUCUGAGGGAACGAUCAGCCAUGGAUGUUGCCCCGGGGCCUGGGCGAGUGGUUGGAGCGUCGGUGACGAGUGACGGAGGGACAGAGCAGAACGUGGAAAUGAUUCAGUAGCCCACGUGAGAACGCUGUUACAGGACGGGGAACAGCACGCACCUCCCCUCCCCUCCCCUCCCCCACCUCUCCCCCACCCCCCCAGCCCCCCUCCCUACCACUCUCCCCCCACCUCCCAGCCCCCCUCCCUACCACUCUCCCCACCUCCCAGCCCCCCUCCCCCCCUCCCCUCCCCGCCCCUCCCCUCCCCCGCCAGACUGAGCCAUGUUGUGGCCGCCCCCACUGUACGCUGUAAAUAAAGAGAAUGUUAUGGAUGGUGAGGCAGUCGUGGUCUUUCACCCGCUGGCGUGACACAUCCCUGCAGCCGUACGGGCAUCACCGACACGCCAGUCACACAAUACUCACGGUUCUCAUGAACCUACGCUGCACUGCCUCAAGCACAAGGAUGUCCUUCCUCAAAUUAGGAGACCAAAACUGUACAUAAUACUCCAG